UUGAUUUAAGAAGCUUUAAAUAUUAACGGAAAUGCGACGUUUAAUUUUAUUCUUGCUAUGCUAUUUCAUUUAUAAAAGUGAAUGCGGAAAGCAUUUACAUAACCUUACAUGGGAGACAGCCAGGGAAAGAUGUAUCUAUAAAAGAAUCUGGAUCGAUAGAGCUAAUAGUGAUAAAAACGCUUUUAUGUUUAAAUGUCUUUGGAUGCCAGAUUAUAUAUACUGGUCUAGAGAGGCCGCUCUUGCAGAUGGCUGGUGCGUAAUGGAUAAUAAAAAAAAGCAAGAUAAACACUUCGACUGUGUAAAAGAUAUGAAAGAUGUAAAACAGCGAAAAGAAGAUAUACCAAAGCCGCCAGAAAAGCCAGAGCCAAAACCAAAGAUAAAGUCAAAACUGAAAUAA